AUGGCUGAGAAGGGCGACUGCAUCGCCAGCGUCUACGGGUAUGACCUUGGCGGGCGCUUCGUUGACUUCCAACCCCUGGGUUUCGGCGUCAACGGGCUGGUGCUGUCGGCCGUGGACAGCAGGGCCCGCCGGAAGGUGGCCGUGAAGAAGAUCACCCUAAGCGACACCCGCAGCAUGAAGCAUGCACUCCGGGAGAUCAAGAUCAUCCGCCGCCUGGACCACGACAACAUCGUGAAGGUGUAUGAGGUGCUGGGGUCCAAGGGUGCCGACCUGCAGGGCGAGCUGUUCAAGUUCAGCGUGGCCUACAUCGUCCAGGAGUACAUGGAAACCGACCUGGCGCGCCUGCUGGAGCAGGGCACGCUGACGGAGGAGCAUGCCAAGCUCUUCAUGUACCAGCUGCUCCGAGGACUCAAGUACAUCCACUCCGCCAACGUGCUGCACAGGGACCUGAAGCCCGCCAACAUCUUCAUCAGCACGGAGGACCUCGUGCUCAAGAUUGGGGAUUUCGGGUUGGCGAGGAUUGUCGAUCAGCAGUAUUCACACAAGGGUUACCUGUCAGAAGGGUUGGUAACGAAAUGGUACCGCUCACCACGCCUGCUCCUCUCCCCUAACAACUACACCAAAGCCAUUGACAUGUGGGCCGCUGGCUGCAUCCUGGCAGAGAUGCUCACGGGGAGGAUGCUCUUUGCUGGGGCUCACGAGCUGGAGCAGAUGCAGCUCAUCCUGGAGACCAUCCCUGUGAUCCGGGAGGAAGACAAGGACGAGCUGCUCAAGGUGAUGCCUUCCUUCGUCAGCAGCGCCUGGGAGGUGAAGAGGCCACUGCGCAAGCUGCUCCCCGAAGUGAACAGCGAAGCCAUCGACUUUCUGGAGAAGAUCCUGACCUUUAACCCCAUGGAUCGCCUGACCGCCGAGAUGGGGCUGCAGCAUCCCUACAUGAGCCCGUACGCUUGCCCCGAGGACGAGCCCACCUCGCAGCACCCCUUCCGCAUAGAGGAUGAGAUUGACGACAUCCUGCUGAUGGCCGCCAACCAGAGCCAGCUCUCCAACUGGGACAGGUACCCUGUGAGCCUGUCGUCGGACCUGGAGUGGCGGCCCGACAGGUACCAGGACGCGAGCGAGGUGCAGCUCGACCCGCGCGCGGGCUCGGCGCCGCUGGGGGAGGACGUGCAGGUGGACCCGCGCAAGGACUCGCAGAGCAGCUCGGAGCGCUUCCUGGAGCAGUCGCACUCGUCCAUGGAGCGCGCCUUCGAGGCCGACUACGGGCGCUCCUGCGACUACAAGGUGGGGUCGCCGUCCUACCUGGACAAGCUACUGUGGCGCGACAACAAGCCGCACCACUACUCGGAGCCCAAGCUCAUCCUGGACCUGUCGCACUGGAAGCAGGCGGCCGGGGCGCCCCCCACCGCCGCGGUGGCGGCGGACGCGGGGCCGCGCGACGAAGAGCCGGCCAGCCUCUUCCUGGAGAUCGCGCAGUGGGUCCAGAGCACGCAGGGCGUCCCCGAGCGCGCCAGCCCGCCCCCCGACGGCCCCGAGCGUCGCCUGUCGGCCUCCCCACCCGGCCGUCCGGCCCCCAUCGACGGGGGCGCCAGCCCCCAGUUCGACCUGGACGUGUUCAUCUCCCGCGCCCUGAAGCUCUGCACCAAGCCCGAGGACCUGCCGGACAGUAAACUGGGCGACCUCAACGGCGCCUGCAUAUCCGAGCACCCUGGCGAUCUCGUGCAGACUGAGGCCUUCUCCAAAGAAAGGUGGUGA